UUUUUAUGUAGGUUUUAGAUAUUUAAAAUUGUAAAGAUGGAUAAAAAGGUUUUUGUUAGAUUGCAUGAUCAAUCUAUGAAAACGAUUUCUCGGGAAGAUAUAUCAUUUGUUGGAGAAUUAUCGAAUCAUUUACAAUUGGAUGAUUACUAUGUGGUGUGUGAAGGAAAAGUUGCUAAUGAUGGAGAUGUUAUUAUACCAGGGAAAUGUUACUCAAUUUGCCUACGUUUACGAGGAGGUAAAGGAGGGUUUGGAUCUAUGUUGAGAGCGAUUGGUGCACAGAUUGAAAAGACGACAAACAGAGAAGCAUGUAGAGAUUUAAGUGGAAGAAGGAUGAGAGAUGUCAACAAUGAAAAGAGAAUGGUGGAAUACCUCGAAAAGAAAGCAGAACGAGAAAGAGAUCGCGAGAAGAAACGAAUUGAGAAAUUGGAAAGACUUACACAACAACCAAAACAUUUUUUCAACGAUCCAGAUUACGAGUCGAAACUACGAGAAGCAGUGGAAAAUGUUGAUAACGCGGUUGAGAAAGGGAUUAUCGCACACACAAAGAAAAGGAAAUCCAAUCCAAAUGAAAAACAGAAGGAACCAAAAAUUAAAAAAGGACUUUGGCUCGGUGAGGAACCGAUGAGUGACAGUGACUCAGAUAAUGACGACAUCGAUGAAUUAAAAUCUGCAUCGAGACUACAAAGCUCAUCCACAAAACAUGGUUUAGAGUUGGGAGCAUCCACAAGCAAAAAUAAUUCAGUCUUAACGCAAGCACAUACAUCUGCAAAAAGUAGUUCGGUAUCUGGGAUAUCUACAAUUGAAAGUGAUUCUGUUUCAUCUGGCUCAACAUCCGCAGCAUUACCAACCCCUGAAGAUUCCAAUAAUAAAUUACCAGAAACGAUAAAAGUUCCAGAUACCUCGGGUUCCAAAACCACCAGCGAGACUAAUGAAGAAACCAAAGUUAUUGGAAAUAUUAAAAAUGAAAAUACUGGCAAAGAAAGUGCUAAUGAAUGUAACAAAAUUAACAACAGCCAAAAUCAGAAUGAAAUCGCUGUUAUCAAUUCAGUUGAAAAAGAUGACACUUCCAAAGAACUAUUGAAUGUGGAUGACAUUGAUUUAUCUAAAUAUUCCACGGCAGAUGAACUAGCGUCUCUCGGGUUAGAAACUUUGAAAUCAUUGCUAAUGAAAAAAGGUGUAAAAUGUGGCGGCUCUCUGGAAGAAAGAGCCUCAAGACUGUUCACAGUGAAGGAUUUAGCACCAGAAAAAAUUGAUCCAAGUCUGCUCGCGACAAAGUCUAAAAAGAGAAACAGAUCGAAAAAGUGAUAUCUGGUGCCUGCCCUGAUGCCAGACUUUAAAAAAGGCUGAUCCAAUUUUGUAAUGACAGUUUAUACUUGUUGAAUAUUUGCGAGAUUACUGUAUAUAGGACAGACACAAGAAUGCUGUAUCCGACUUGGAUGUAUAUCUAUAUCAAUCAUAGGCCAUGAAGAUUAUAUUUUAACGAAGCACCUUAUAUGAAGGCCGUAUUCAUUUCAGCCUUUUACUAAACUCAAACCAUGAUAAAAUACUUUUCACUCGCUACAAUUAUUAUGUUUUAAUUAUAGUUAGGGUGUUCAAAUUCAUUCACUUAUUUUUGUAUAGUGGUUCUGCUUGCAUAUACUAUAAUAAGUUUUAUUGAGAUUAUGAACCUGAAUAACAUAUCACAGCUUGUUGUCAGACAGCUUAACUGCCAUGCUGGUGUAAUUUGUUCAAUUUUAUGCUUCAUUUAAUAAUUAUCGUCCAUUCAUAGAUGUUACAUUAUUGGGACAUAUUUAUCAAAUAUGGCCUGUAAUGAUAUAACAAUAAAUGUCAGUACAAGAUCAAGUUUCGACCCAGUGCACAUGAAUAAUAUAUUAAAAGCCUAAUGGAUUUUAACGAUGCAAGCUUUAAUAAAAAUGCAAAAAUGA